CCCAUUCUUGUCGGUAAUGCCGAGCACAUCCGAACCAUAUCGGAAAUAGCCGAGUUCGUCCGUUAUUUCCCCUUACCGCGUUUAUCACCACCCCCGCAGAAGUAUACUCUGGAGUCUGGAGCUUCAUAAGUUUAUGCAGUGGUCUGCUCUCUGGUUGAGUUUACAAAUAGACGAAAGAUGCUCCUGAAUUUUUGUGAUCCUCGUCUACGACCGGAAAUUAAAUGCAGUGCUAUCAACACGGACGGAUACGAAGUGACGAAUUUGAUAAACGGUUCCUGCAAAGGAUAUCUGGCAUACUCCUGCAUCAAACCACCAAUUCAUAUAGACAUCACGUUCCUCUGUAACAUCUCGAUCAAUCACGUUUUGAUCUGGCCGUCCGUCGGAUCGCAAAAGUCGUCAGGCUUUCAGCUUUGUUCCAGGAAUACCACUGAUAGCAGUAUCCCGUACACCGUGUUGUCCAGUGGAUUUUUAGGUCCCAACGAUACCGGAGUGCUGUUUUACUCCGGUGACCUCAACCCCUCGGAGAUCCCCACGCCAGCGAAUUUCUUGAGACGUUACAUUAAAGUUUCUCUGGCACCCUUAACGACAUAUGCUCAUGUUUUACGUAUAACAAUUUGUAAAACAGAGAAGUCAGUGCCAGCAUUGGGAAAGGUUGAAGUGUGGGGAACUGUAUCUUCACGUUGUGGAAAAGAUGUUGUGGCAAGCGUACAUACUUUAUGGGCUGGACAACGGGCUCCAUUGAAAUUGCCUGUACCCGAAUUAAAAAUGGACAAUACUCCUAAAGAUAACAGAAACAAUAGAUUGAAGAUAGAAGCAAAUUUUGAAAUUCCUGAAAACUUCCUAGAUCCCAUUACAUGUGAAAUAAUGACUCAGCCGAUUAUACUACCUAGUGGUAAUAUAAUAGAUCAGUCCACGUUAGAGAAAUAUGAAGAAAAUGAGAGAAUUUGGGGUAGAUCAUUGUCAGAUCCAUUCACGGGAUUACUGUUUACCAAUGAGCGUAGAUGCAUCUUGGCAACUGCACUCAAGUCGAGGAUUGAUAAGUUUCUACUGGACAACAGCAAUCAGAAUGAAGUAAAGAGACUGCCAAGAGUCUUAGGCCAUGGUCCAGCAAUAGCAGGAAAUAGAAGAAUAAUUGAAGUACCAAAAUUUGUAUUAAAUAGGCUAAAUGAUUCAUUAAAAAGGCCUGCUGAAGUCAUUAAACCAAGUGUACGCAAGCAGAUGAUGGAUAAUAAUUCGCAGCGUGCAAAAAAAUAUUGUCAUAAACUGCCAACAGUGAUUAUGCCCAAACCAUCCACUGCCAAUGCUAGAGCAAAACCAAGACAGCUCACAAAUAUUUUAACUUCCUCAAAAUUAGUUCAUAACAAUUCUGAAAAUGAUUCUGAAAUUCUUAGCAGGGAAGAUAAACCAUUAUUGUCUGGUGAUAUUUUCUUAGAUAGCAAUUUGAAUACUCAAUUACCUACCAUGAAACACUUUGGCACACCGGAAACGAUCGAAUUGCAUAAGAUGUCUCACAAAUGUGAAUGCUGUAGUAAUAGUAUUUUUUAUAGACUUCCAUGUGAACACGUGAUAUGUAGAAAAGUAUUAUUAUCCAUUGAAAUUAGUCAAUGUAAAUCUUGUGGGUUUUCUUAUAAAUCGAGCGAUGUUGUACGGAUUCACAAUAUUCUAAAAAGAUAACAAUAAGGUUUAUAUAAAUAAUAAAUCAAUGCUUAAUUUUUUAGGAUUUAUUACAUACCAGAUUUUGUCCGCAGUAUGCAAAAUAUAUUAUUGUUACACACUGAAUCACUAUUACACGAUUCAUGACAAUUUCAAUGAUAAUAGAAUUUCUCACAAUAUUUUGGCACGUACAACAUAACUUAUGUAAAGUUGUGUUGCAAUUACAAUUGUGUCUGUAUAUGGUUAUGUGUGUAAUGCGUAUAAAAGUUUAUUUUUUUUUUAUGUCACAUAUAUGUGAUAACUUGGAAAUAAAGUUCAUAUAAUAUUUUGUAA